AUGGGGAGACGGCGGGCGCUUUGCCUGCAGCCUUAUUUCCUUUGGCUGGGGUGUGUGGCGCUGUGGGCGCAUGGAUCCUCUGGGCAGCAGCGGCAGGGUCGUCCGGCGGAGGGUGCGGAUACUAGCCGCUACUCUAUCUUGGGGAGCCUGGAAGGAGGCACAGCGUCCGCCGCCGCCGCCGCCGCCGCCAACCGUGUCCGCAGGAGAGGCCAGCAGGACAUGCUCAGGGGACCAAAUGUGUGUGGCUCCAGAUUCCACUCCUACUGUUGCCCUGGAUGGAAAACACUCCCUGGGGGAAAUCAGUGUAUUGUUCUACAACAGUGUAACGUCAGAUGUCUGAAUGGUGGUACCUGUCUAGAUGACCAAUGCCAGUGUCAAAAAGGAUAUAUUGGCACUUACUGUGGGCAACCUGUCUGUGAACAUGGAUGCCAGAAUGGAGGUCGCUGCAUUGGGCCCAAUCGUUGUGCAUGUGUAUAUGGAUUCACAGGCCCUCAAUGUGAAAGAGAUUAUAGAACAGGGCCUUGUUUUAUUCAAGUCAACAAUCAGAUGUGUCAAGGUCAGCUAGCUGGUAUUGUUUGCACGAAGACACUUUGUUGUGCAACUAUUGGACGUGCAUGGGGCCAUCCUUGUGAAAUGUGCCCUGCUCAACCUCAACCAUGUCGUCGUGGUUUCAUUCCAAACAUCCGCACUGGAGCAUGUCAAGAUAUAGAUGAAUGUCAGGCUAUCCCUGGAAUCUGUCAGGGGGGAACUUGCAUCAAUACAGUCGGAUCAUAUGAAUGCAAAUGCCCUGCUGGUCAUAAACAGAAUGAAAUAACUCAAAAGUGUGAAGAUAUUAAUGAAUGCAGCCUCAUCCCAGGAAUCUGUGAUGCUGGUGAAUGUUCCAAUACUGUUGGAAGUUACAUUUGUCUAUGUCCACGUGGCUUUGUGACAUCCACAGAUGGCUCUCAUUGCCUUGAUCAAAGAGCAGGUACUUGUUUCUCCAGUCUGCUGAAUGGUCGCUGUGCACAAGAGCUUCCAGGCAGGUUUAUCAAGAUGCAGUGCUGUUGUGAGUCUGGACGGUGUUGGGCUCUUGGAUCCAUUCCAGAAAUUUGUCCAGCUAGAGGCUCUGAUGAAUAUCGUGGGCUUUGCAUAGAUGGCAUUCCUGUUAUAGGAGGUUCCAGGCCUGGUGGCACAGGAGGAAAUGGCUUUGGCCCAGGAGGAACAGGAUUCAUCCCUAUUCCUGGUGGAAAUGGGUUUUCCCCAGGUGUGCAUGGAACGGGAAUAGGGACUGGUGGUCAAGGUCCCACAGGAAAUGGCCCCAUCAUUACAGGACUGACAAUACUCAAUCAGACAAUAGAUAUCUGUAAACAUCAUCCAAAUUUAUGUUUAAAUGGGCGUUGCAUCCCAACAAUUUCCAGUUACCGGUGUGAAUGCAAUAUGGGAUAUAAGCAGGAUGCCAAUGGAGACUGUACUGAUGUUGAUGAGUGUAUAUCAAAUCCAUGCUCUAAUGGAGACUGUGUGAACACACCUGGCUCUUAUUAUUGCAAAUGCCAUACAGGUUUCCAAAGAACACCUACUAAGCAGGCUUGCAUUGACAUUGAUGAGUGUAUUCAGAAUGGUGUCCUUUGUAAGAAUGGUCGUUGUGUGAACACUGAUGGUAGUUUCCAGUGCAUUUGCAAUGCUGGCUUUGAACUAACAACUGAUGGGAAAAACUGUAUUGACCAUGAUGAAUGUACGACUACCAACAUGUGUUUGAAUGGAAUGUGUAUUAAUGAGGAUGGCAGUUUCAAGUGCAUCUGUAAACCUGGGUUUGUCCUGGCUCCUAAUGGACGUUACUGUACUGAUAUUGAUGAAUGCAAGACUCCAGGUAUUUGCAUGAAUGGCCACUGCAUUAAUACAGAAGGAUCAUUUCGUUGUGAUUGUCCAUCUGGACUAGCUGUUGGAGUUGAUGGUCGAGUUUGUGUAGAUACUCAUAUGCGAAGCACAUGCUAUGGAGGAAUAAAAAAGGGAGCAUGUGUACGCCCUUUUCCUGGAGCAGUGACAAAAUCUGAAUGUUGCUGUGCCAAUUUAGAUUAUGGCUUUGGCGAACCAUGCCACCCAUGUCCUGCCAAGAAUUCAGCUGAGUUCCAUGGCCUUUGUAGUGGAGGAGUAGGAAUUACUGUGGAUGGAAGAGAUAUAAAUGAAUGUGCUUUAGAUCCCGAUAUUUGCUCUAACGGGGUUUGUGAAAACUUACGUGGCAGCUAUCGUUGUAACUGCAACAGUGGAUAUGAAUCAGAUGUUUCUGGACAAAAUUGUGUUGACAUUGAUGAAUGUUUUGUGAAUCGAUUAUUAUGUGACAAUGGCCUUUGUCGAAAUACGCCUGGAAGUUACAGCUGUGUGUGCCCAAAAGGAUAUAUAUUCAGCAGUGAAACUGACACAUGCGAAGAUAUAAAUGAAUGUGAAAGCAGUCCUUGUGUCAAUGGUGCUUGCAGGAACAAUCUUGGGUCUUUCAUCUGUGAAUGUUUAUCUGGCAGCAAAUUAGACUCUACCGGCUUCAUUUGUAUUGAUAGUCUGAAAGGAACAUGCUGGUUGAACAUCCAAGAUAAUCGUUGUGAAGUAAACCUUCAUGGAGCUACUUUGAAAUCAGAAUGCUGUGCUACUCUGGGAGCUGCUUGGGGUAGCCCUUGCGAGCGUUGUGAAUUUGGUAUGAUUUCAAUAGAUUGUCAGUUCCCUUUUAUGUAUAUAUCAGAUGUAAAUGAGUGUGAAGUUUUUCCGGGUGUGUGUCCCAAUGGGCGGUGCAUCAACAACAGAGGCUCUUUUCAUUGUGAGUGUCCCAACGGUCUAACCUUGGAUGGAACAGGCAGGGUGUGUUUAGAUAUCCGAAUGGAACAGUGUUACCUGAGAUGGGAUGAAGAUGAUUGUGUUCAACCUGUGCUUGGAAAAUUCCGUAUGGACACAUGUUGCUGUGCUAUAGGUGCUGCUUGGGGUUCAGACUGCGAAGAAUGCCCCAAGCCAGGCACAAAAGAAUAUGAAGACUUAUGCCCCAGAGGUCCAGGCUUCUCCAACCGUGGGGAUAUUUUAACUGGAAGGCCAUUUUACAAAGAUAUAAAUGAAUGUAAAAUGUUCUCUGGCAUGUGCACAAAUGGCAAAUGUAGAAAUACAAUUGGAAGCUUCAAAUGUAGAUGCAAUAAUGGAUUUGCACUUGAUAUGGAAGAGAGAAAUUGUACAGAUAUUAAUGAAUGCCGUAUCUCACCUGAUCUUUGUGGAAGUGGCACUUGUGUCAACACUCCAGGAAGCUUUGAGUGUGAAUGCUUUGAUGGCUAUGAAAGUGGAUUUAUGAUGAUGAAAAACUGUAUGGACAUAGAUGAAUGUGAACGUAACCCGCUUCUCUGUAGAGGUGGGAAAUGCUUGAAUACUGAAGGAAGCUUUCGGUGUGAUUGUCCUCUUGGGCAUGAAUUGUCUUCAUCACGUGAAGAAUGUGUGGAUAUCAAUGAAUGUUCUCUUAGUGAUAACCUAUGUAGAAAUGGGAAAUGUGUGAAUGUGAUUGGAAUGUAUCAGUGUUCCUGUAAUCCUGGGUACCAGGCAACUCCAGAUAAGCAAGGUUGCAUCGAUAUUGAUGAGUGCAUGAUUAUGAAUGGAGGCUGUGACACUCACUGCAGUAAUUCAGAAGGCAGCUAUGAAUGCAGUUGCAGUGAUGGAUAUGCUCUGAUGCCAGAUAUGAGGACUUGUGCAGAUAUUGAUGAAUGUGACAGCAACCCAGAUAUCUGUGAUGGUGGGCAGUGCAUUAACAUUCCAGGAGAAUAUCGUUGUCUUUGUUAUGAUGGAUUCAUGGCUUCGGUUGACAUGAAAAUAUGCAUUGAUGUGAAUGAAUGUGAUCUAAAUUCGAACAUUUGCAUGUUUGGGGAAUGCGAGAACACCAAAGGAUCCUUCAUUUGUCAUUGCCAACUGGGUUAUUCUGUCAAGAAGGGAACUACUGGAUGCACAGAUGUGGAUGAAUGUGAGAUUGGUGCCCACAAUUGUGACAUGCAUGGUCUGUGUCUCAAUGUUCCGGGAAGCUUCAGAUGUAGCUGUAAGGAAGGAUGGAUUGGAAAUGGAAUUAAGUGUAUAGAUCUCGAUGAGUGUUCUAAUGGAACACACCAAUGUAGCAUAAAUGCUCAGUGUGUAAAUGCUCCUGGAUCAUAUCAUUGCACCUGUGCAGAAGGAUUUACUGGAGAUGGAUUUAUUUGUUCAGAUAUUGAUGAAUGUGCAGAAAAUAUUAACCUGUGUGACAAUGGACAAUGUCUUAAUAUCCCUGGUGAAUACCGUUGUGAGUGUGAGAUGGGCUUUACUUCAACUUCCAAUAGCCGAACUUGCCAAGAUAUUGAUGAAUGUGCCUUUCAGAAUAUAUGUGUGUUUGGUACUUGCAAUAACUUACCUGGCAUGUUUCACUGUAUUUGUGAUGAUGGCUAUGAACUGGACAGAACUGGAGGAAAUUGUACAGAUAUGAGAAAGAGCUUUUGCUAUAGAAGUUACAAUGGAACAUCUUGUGAUAAUGAACUGCCCUUUAAUAUUACCAAGAGAAUGUGUUGCUGCACUUACAAUAUUGGGAAAGCCUGGAACAAGCUCUGUGAGCCAUGCCCAGCUGCGGGGACAGUUGAGUUCAAAACAUUAUGUGGAAAUUUUCCUGGUUUCACCUUUGACAUUCAUACUGGAAAAGCAGUUGAUAUUGAUGAAUGUAAAGAGAUUCCAGGUAUUUGUGCAAAUGGUGUUUGCAUCAACCAGAUUGGAAGUUUUCGUUGUGAAUGCCCCACAGGAUUUAGCUACAAUGAUCUGCUCUUGGUCUGUGAAGAUAUUGAUGAAUGUAGCAAUGGUGAUAAUCUCUGUCAACGGAAUGCAGAUUGUAUCAAUAGCCCCGGUAGUUACCGCUGUGAAUGUGCUACGGGUUUCAAACUUUCACCCAAUGGUGCUUGCAUUGAUCGCAAUGAAUGUCAGGAAAUACCUAAUGUAUGUAGUCAUGGCACAUGUGUGGAUAAAGAGGGGAGCUACUACUGCAUCUGUCAAAAUGGUUUUAAGUCAUCCCGUGAUCAAACAAUGUGUAUGGAUGUAGAUGAAUGUGAAAGACAUCCUUGUGGGAAUGGAACUUGUAAAAAUACAGUUGGAUCAUAUAACUGCCUGUGCUAUCCAGGAUUUGAGCUAACUCAUAAUAAUGACUGUAUGGAUAUUGAUGAGUGCAGUUCCUUCUUUGGGCAGGUGUGCAGAAAUGGAAGAUGCUUUAAUGAAAUUGGUUCUUUCAAAUGUUUAUGUAAUGAAGGUUAUGAACUUACUCCAGAUGGCAAAAACUGUAUUGAUAUUAAUGAGUGUGUAGUGCUUCCUGGCUCAUGCUUUCCUGGGACAUGUCAAAAUUUGGAAGGAUCAUUCAGAUGUAUCUGCCCAUCAGGAUAUGAAGUAAAAAGUGAAAGCUGCAUUGAUAUUGAUGAAUGUAAUGAGGAUCCUAACAUUUGCCUGUUUGGAUCCUGCACUAAUACUCCAGGAGGAUUUCAGUGCAUCUGCCCUCAAGGUUUUGUAAUAUCUGACAAUGGCAGGAGAUGUUUUGAUACUCGACAGAGCUUCUGUUUCACUAACUUUGAGAAUGGGAAGUGCUCUGUGCCAAAAGCAUCUAAUACCACCAAGGCAAAAUGUUGUUGCAGCAAGAUGCCAGGAGAAGGUUGGGGUGAUCCAUGUGAACUGUGUCCUAAGGAAGAAGAAGUUGCUUUUCAGGAUCUGUGUCCAUUUGGCCAUGGAACAAUACCUGGAAUAGAUGAUACAAGAGAAGAUGUCAAUGAAUGUCUGGAGAAUCCUGGUAUUUGUUCUAAUGGACACUGCAUAAACACUGAUGGAUCAUUCCGUUGUGAAUGUCCCUUGGGCUACAACCUUGACUACACUGGAGUGCAAUGUGUAGAUACUGAUGAAUGUUCCAUUGGUAAUCCUUGUGGAAAUGGCACAUGUUCCAAUGUGAUUGGUAGUUUUGAGUGCAAUUGCCUGGAUGGAUUUGAACCUGGGCCAAUGAUGAAUUGUGAAGAUAUAAAUGAAUGUGCACAAAAUCCUUUGCUUUGUGCUUUUCGCUGUAUAAAUACGUAUGGUUUUUAUGAAUGCACUUGUCCAGUGGGAUAUGAAUUAAGAGAGGACCAGAAAAUGUGCAAAGAUCUCGAUGAAUGUGCAGAGGGUCUACAUGAUUGUGAAUCAAGAGGCAUGAUGUGCAAAAAUCUGAUUGGAACCUUCAUGUGCAUAUGUCCCCCUGGAAUGACUCGAAGACCAGAUGGUGAAGGUUGUAUUGAUGAAAAUGAAUGCCACAGUAAGCCUGGUAUCUGUGAAAAUGGUCGUUGUAUAAACAUUAUUGGAAGUUACAUAUGUGAGUGUAAUGAAGGUUUCCAGUCAAGCCCAUCUGGAACUGAAUGCAUUGACAACCGACAAGGUUUCUGCUUUGCUGAAGUCUUGCAGACAAUGUGUCAAAUGGCUUCCAGUAGCCGUAAUCUUGUCACCAAAUCAGAAUGCUGUUGUGAUGGUGGAAGGGGGUGGGGCAAUCAGUGUGAGAUUUGCCCACUCUUAGUAACAACUCAGUACAAGAAGCUGUGUCCACAUGGUCCAGGAUACACCACUGAUGGGACAGAUAUUGAUGAGUGUAAGGUCAUGCCAAAUUUAUGCAGACAUGGCCAAUGCAUAAACACCAUGGGUUCCUUCAGAUGUUUUUGCAAAGUUGGCUAUACUACUGAUAUAAGUGGUACUUCUUGUGUGGAUCUUGAUGAAUGCUCCCAGUCUCCCAAACCCUGUAAUUUUAUCUGCAAGAAUACUGAAGGAAGCUACCAAUGUUCAUGUCCACGUGGCUAUAUCCUCCAAGAUGAUGGAAAAUCCUGUAGAGAUCUUGAUGAGUGUCAAAGUAAACAACAUAACUGUCAAUUCCUUUGUGUCAAUACUCUGGGGGGAUUCACAUGUAAAUGUCCACCAGGUUUCACCCAACAUCAUACAGCCUGUAUAGAUAACAAUGAAUGUGGAUCACAGCCUUCACUUUGUGGAUCUAAAGGAAUCUGUCAAAAUACUCCUGGAAGUUUUGCCUGUGAAUGCCAAAGAGGUUUCUCUUUAGAUUCCACUGGAUUGAACUGUGAAGAUGUGGAUGAGUGUGAUGGAAAUCACAGAUGCCAACAUGGCUGCCAGAAUAUUCUUGGUGGCUACAGAUGCAGCUGCCCACAUGGAUAUAUCCAGCAUUAUCAGUGGAAUCAGUGUGUUGAUGAAAAUGAAUGCACAAAUCCUAGCAUUUGUGGUUCAGCUUCAUGCUACAACACUCUAGGAAGCUACAAAUGUGCAUGUCCCUCUGGAUUCUCUUAUGAUCAGCUCAAUAGCGCAUGCCACGAUGUCAAUGAAUGUUCUUCUACUAAGAAUCCCUGCAAUUAUGGCUGUUCCAAUACUGAAGGCGGAUACCUCUGUGGCUGCCCUCCAGGGUAUUACAGAGCAGGGCAAGGGCACUGUGUCUCCGGUAUGGGAUUUGGUAAAGGCCAGUAUCUACCAGUGGAUCAAGGUGAAGAGAAUGCUUUGUCCCCAGAAGCAUGUUACGAGUGUAAAAUUAAUGGAUACUCCCAAAAAGACAGCAGGAAGAAAAGAAGCCUCAAUCCAUCUCAGCCUAGAGAGAUCAGUUUGGAAAGUUUGGACAUUGAUCUUCCAUUGAAGAUGAGAUUCAGCGUAACUGGCCUUGGCAAUAAAGAACAUAUAUUAGAUCUCAUGCCUGCAAUACAGACCCUCACAAAUCACAACCGCUAUGUUAUCUCCUUUGGUAAUCACAACAGCACCUUCCGGAUACACCAGAAAGAUGGACUCAGUUAUCUUCAGGUUGCUAAGAAAAAACCCACAGCUGGUAUUUACACACUGGAAAUAGUUAGCAUUCCUCUGUACAAAAAGGAAGAACUAAAGAAAUUGGAAGAAAGCAAUGAGGACAACUACCUCCUAGGGGAACUUGGAGAAGCUCUUAAAAUGAGACUUUGGAUUGAACUCUAUUAAAACCUUCCUUCCUCACUCCCAUCAUGAAGGAUUCCCUUCUGUUCACGUAUCAUAUCAUAUACUUUGGUUUUGAAAGCUUUAAAGGGGUCAGUAAUUUACUUUUUCAGAAAACCCAAAAUUGCAAAUAGUGACCUCUGCAUCCUUCUGUCCUGAAUAAGACUGAAGAACAGACCUCAACAUUUCUAUUACCAAAACCUUGAUUACAAUGCCAACAAUCAUGAUUACUAUAUUGUCUAUAUAAUCUCAAUUUUAAAUAUAUAUUUUUUAAAAAAAGAAGAUGUGCUUUAAAAAUCAUAUAUGGCACUAAAUGGCACAAAAUGUGAGUUACUUUUAUUCCUAUUAGCACUCUAGCAUAUUGAUGAUUUUGCUGUAGUUCCUAAAUUAAAAACAGAGAUUUUAUUUAUUUUUAAUGCAAUAAUAUAUGGAGAAAUUAGCAAUCUGUGUUAAAAAUGAAAAAGAAAACACUUGCUUUUCUUUGCAAUUUUAUGAAUUUGAACUAUUACAUGUAUUAGGUAUUUUAGAAAAAAGAACAGAAACGAAUAGAUUGAAAAAGUUUCCUCUCAGUCUUGUGCCUAUUAUCCACAAAGCAUUUUUUUAAAAUCACAUGAUUAAAUGAGCACUGUAAUAUACUACCCAAGGGCUUUCUUUUCCCUAGGCAAGAUAUUUAAAUAAUGCAUUAUCUUAAAUAAGUACGAUCAGAAUUUCAACUUUAAACUUGGUGCUGAUACCCAAUAUACACAUCAUACAAACUAGAUUUUUCUAUCCGAGAAGACUAUUCAUGGAAAUGAUGCACAACCACUGUAACAAAAUACCUGGAAUGCUUGUGAUAUCCUUGGUAUUGCAAGCUAACCCGUACUGUAUUUCCUUCAGGUAACCUCACUAUGUCACACAAACCUCAUAAACUACAACAAAAGGUGCUUGACGUAUUUGCAUUACUGUAGGCAGCUGAUUACAAAUCAUGUAUUCUUAGAAGGGAACAUCUUAGAUGUUUCAUUCUAAGUGGUGCUGGCUUGAAUUCAUCCUGAAAUAAACAUGGCUGAGUUAUUGCAGAAUUGUCAUAUGUGUACACUAUUCAUGCUGCAUGGAAAAAAGCACAUAUUGGAAAAUAAGAAUGUUCAUUAAUGCUGUAGUUAUACACAAUAUGUCUCCUUUUAUCAUAACCUAUUUUAUGUUACCUUUGUACAAUGUGUUGGCAUUUAUUUUAGUGUGUUUUUUAUUUUUGUUUUAAUUUGUCAUUUAAUAAGUGUAUGUCACCAUGGUGCUAUUAAAUAAUAACUUGUACUUGUUACAAGUCAUAUAAAAAAGCCUCACGUGAACCAACACAAAACACAUUCCAUGCCUGCUUUUUCCUCUGUUUUUUUUUAAAAAUCUUUACUGAUCAAAAAUUACCAGAAGUUAUGCUCACUGUUUUGGUUCAUACUCUGUAUUUUCUGUCUAUUUUCUUUUAUGAAAAGAGAAAACCUUGUAAAUGGCAUUUUGGAAAAAAGCAGUAUUAUUUUGUUGGUCUUUGUAUUAAUACA